AUGGGAGAUUUGAGUACAGACUCGUUUAGUUUGAAGACUGCUUUUGAAGAAAGGAAACAGAUGAAAAGAGACGAAGUUAUCAAUGCUUUUGACCAAUGGGCUAAAGAUGGAAAAUAUGAAAAGGAUAUGAGUUUUAUUGGUAAUAAAGGCGUGGAUAUUGUUACAAGGGCAGCCUCAGAUCAUUUCUCAACCAACAAGGAUGUUGUUAGUGUUAUAGAUAUAGCUGCAGGAACGGGGUUAGCUUCUCAGGCGUUGUUAAAGUUGGGAUUUAGUAUUAUAGAUGGUAUAGAUCCAAGUCAGGGUAUGAAAGAUGAGGCUAUGAAGAAAAAUAUAUACCGAGAUUAUGUGGUUGACUUUGUUGAUGGCCAUAAAACUGUUCUAGAAACAGAUAAAUAUGACUGUUCUGUAGUAUCUGGUGGAUUCUCACAAAGUUUAAUGCCGUGUAAUGCUUUAUAUGAAAUCGUCCGAAUCGUCAAACCAGGGGGAGUAAUCUGUAUUGAAAUGAUAGAGAGUAAUUUGGUGAGAGUUGAAGAAUUUGUAAAUAGAUUAGAGCCAUUAUGGAAUACAUUCAUAGAAAAAGGUGUAUGGAAAUUAUUACGAAAAGAAAAAAUUCCCGACUUAGUUAUUGGAGAAACUGGACUUUUGAUGGUGUUUGAAGUUUUAGUAUCAGAAGUUCCUAUACCUCAAUUACCUCCUUUAAAUAACAAUGAAAGAACAACUUAA